UUUGGUCCUGUGAAUUUGAAAGGCCGUGAGCACGGAAGACAUUGCUAUUGUUUCCAAAGAUCUCUUUACACCCUGUGUUUAGUUUCGUAAUCAUCGUUUGAAGCUGCGCUGAAGCCUAUCGUCCAGUUUCUGAUCAAACUCAUUAAGACAGAAAAUGGAGCUUAGUGACCAAAACUUUGCUUCUCUUCAGAAGUACCUGUAUGACACAUUAAACCCAGACGUCAAUGUGCGAAAACCAGCUGAAACUUUCUUGGAGUCUGUGGAGGUGAACGAGAACUACCCAAUGCUCUUGUUAAAGCUAUUAACAAGAGACAAUGUGGAAAUGACCAUUCGAGUUGCCUGUGCUAUAACAUUCAAGAAUUACGUAAAACGCAACUGGCACACGGAUGAGGACACACGAGACAGAAUAUCAGCCAAUGACAGGUUGGCUAUUAAAGAGAAUAUAGUUAACAUAAUGGUGAUGUCUCCAGAAUCCAUACAAAAGCAGUUAAGUGAUGCAGUUUCGAUUAUUGGUCGAUAUGACUUCCCUCUCAAGUGGCCAAAUCUCAUCAGUCAAAUGGUGGAAAAAUUUCAAUCAGGGGACUUUAAUAUCAUAAAUGGUGUGUUGCACACUGCUCAUUCUAUUUUCAAGAGAUAUCGAUAUGAAUUCAAAUCACAAGCACUGUGGACAGAAAUUAAGUUGGUGUUGGAUAAUUUUGCCAAGCCCUUGACAGAUCUCUUUGUUGCUACCUUGAAUUUGGCAACUGUCCAUGCUAGCAAUCCAAAUGCGUUAAAAGUAAUAUACAGCUCUUUGGUAAUAAUUAGUAAAGUUUUCUACUCCCUCAAUUUUCAAGACAUACCAGAGUUCUUUGAAGAUAAUAUGGAGACAUGGAUGACAAAUUUCCACUCUUUACUUACCACUGAUGUACCCUCUUUACAUACCCAGGAUGAUGAUGAACCUGGGUUACUGGAGCAACUCCGAUCGCAAAUAUGUGAUAAUGCAGCUUUGUACGCCCAAAAGUAUGAUGAGGAAUUUCAACCAUACCUUCCAACUUUUGUGACAGAUGUGUGGAAUUUGCUUACUAGUACUAGCCAUCUUGCCAAAUAUGAUUCUCUGGUUAGCAACUCUUUGCAAUUCCUUGCAACAGUUGCUGACAGGUCUCAUUACAGACAUCUUUUCGAAGAUCCCACUGUUUUAAGCAGUAUUUGUGAAAAGGUGAUCAUACCUAAUAUGGAAUUCAGAACGUCUGACGAAGAACUCUUUGAAGAUAAUCCUGAGGAAUAUAUCAGAAGAGACAUUGAGGGUUCUGAUGUCGAUACAAGGCGUAGAGCAGCGUGUGAUCUUGUUAAAGUCCUAUCUCGUUACUUCGAAGAGAAAAUGAUGCAGAUCUUUGGUCAAUAUGUUCAAGCAAUGCUUCAGAAAUAUUCAGAAAAUCCAGCUCAAAACUGGCGCAGUAAAGAUGCUGCAUUGUAUCUUGUGACCUCUCUAGCUGCUAAGGGACAGACUGAGAAACAUGGUGUAACUCAGUCCAGUCAGCUUGUCAAUUUAACAGACUUUGCAGCCCAACACAUAAUCCCUGAACUGGAGAAGCCUGAUGUGAACUCGCUUCCAGUCAUCAGAGCAGACGCCAUCAAAUACAUCAUGAUAUUCAGAACAGUAUUGCCUCGGGAAGUUGUGGUUGGAAGUCUUCCCAAACUUGUUAAUCAUCUUUCUGCCGCAAGUCCUGUUGUACAUACUUAUGCAGCAGCAUCUAUUGAAAAAAUCUUAACAAUACGUGGACCUGACCACCAACCCCUUGUAAAGAAGGAAGAAGUCUCACAGAUGGCCCACGUUCUACUAAACUCUCUGUUUGGUGCUCUUUGUCUUCCUGGAUCCUCAGAAAAUGAGUACAUAAUGAAAGCCAUAAUGCGGAGCUUUUCUUCACUGCAAGAAAAUGUUAUACCUUUCCUUGCGGAACUCUUGCCAAAACUUACUGAAAAGUUGGCUUUAGUUGCAAGAAAUCCGAGCAAACCACAUUUCAAUCAUUAUCUGUUUGAAACUAUAGGUCUUUCUAUCAGGAUUGUCUGCAAAUCUACACCUGCAGCUGUAGCAUCAUUUGAGGAAGCACUCUUUCCAAUUUUCCAAGGCAUUCUUUCUCAAGACGUUCAGGAAUUCAUCCCUUAUGUUUUUCAAUUGUUGUCUCUACUGCUUGAACUGCAUGAAAGUGGAACCAUUCCUGAGCCAUACAUGGUAUUGUUUCCCUGCUUGCUGGUCCCGGUUCUUUGGGAGAGACCAGGAAAUAUACACCCUCUUGUGCGUCUGCUUCGGGCAUUCAUUCACAAAGGAGCUGGUCAAAUUGCAGAAUCCCAGAAAAUUAGUGGUUUGCUUGGUGUUUUCCAAAAGCUUGUUGCUUCAAAAGCGAAUGACCAUGAAGGAUUUUAUCUAAUUCAAUCUCUUAUAGAACACUUACCAACCCAAGCGCUAUCUUCGUACCUUCGUCAAGUGUUUGUUCUACUUUUCCAACGUUUGCAGUCAAGCAAAACUACUAAGUUUGUGAAAGGCCUUUUGGUGUUUAUGUGCUUUUACUCCGUUAAGUAUGGUGCCAAUAGUCUGAUUGAAAUGAUUGAUGGUAUUCAGGCCCAGAUGUUUGGGAUGGUACUGGAAAGAUUGAUGAUAGUAGAUAUGCAAAAGAUAAGUGGUGCAGUUGAGCGCAAAAUUACAGCAGUUGGUGUCACAAAAAUCUUAUGUGAAUGUCCUCAGUUACUCGAUGGUCCCUACUCAAGACUAUGGUCCCCCUUACUACAGGCACUCAUUGGAUUGUUUGAACUGCCUGAGGAUGAGUCCAUUCAUCCUGAUGACCAUUUCAUUGAAGUAGACGAUGCUCCUGGUUAUACUGUUGCUUAUUCUCAGCUUAACUUUGCAAAUAAACAAGAACAUGAUCCCUUGGGUGGUGCAGGAGACCCAAGGUUAAAUCUGGCUCAGAGUCUCAGCAAAUUGUCUGUAGCCUAUCCUGGAAGACUCUCUCCUCUUCUCACUACAGGACUUACAGAUUCUGACAGAGCUCAUCUGAAAACAUACCUAGAUGGUGCUAAAGUGCAGAUUGCGUAAUGUGUUGUCUUCUCAUGUUGCAUCAGUUUUAAUAAUUAUAGUAAAUGCUGGACAUUUUGCUCGAUACACCCUUUUAAAUGUGCCUUUUGUGAUGAAUUUUGGACUUUUUAUCAAUGUGAUCUGUCAUUUUAGUUCAUUGAUCCUUCUUCCCUGUAAAUAUUACUGUACUCUGGCGAAGAAUAAACUUGCUAACUGAAACUGA